AUGAAUAAAAUUCUUUUGUUUCUUAUUAUUAUUCUUGCAUUUGCUAAUUCAGUUAAAACAUUCUCAAAAAAUGAUUUCGAAGAAGAUGCUGAGAAUUUGUCAAACAAAGCAGUUUUAAAAAUUCGUCAUCAUCUCCCGCAACCACAACAAACUGGUGGUUCAGCUCCUGAACCAAAUACUCCCAAUCCAAAUGCUAACCCUUCCAACCCUUCCAAUCCAAAUGCUAACCCUUCUAAUCCAAAUCCUAUUGCUGGCACUCCAACACCUAACCCGGCUGGUGGUACUUCGAUUCCUAACCCGACUGCUGGCACUAUCUCUCAAGCUUCUGCCAAUGCUUUAAGCCAAACUUCUUUAAAUUCACCGAGUUCUAAUCAUCCCACUUCACUUGCCACCCCACCCACCCUUAGUAACACUGUAUCCUUUACCGUCAGUCCUUUUGUCAUAGAACAUUAUUUAAAUGUUUUCGAGAUUGAUCACGCUGUGAAUAUUUAA